AUGGACUUUAACUUCAAAAAGUUGGCAAGCGAAGCUGGUGGGUUCUUCAAUCGAGCUAAACAGCUCACUGAAGAAACUUUCUUGAAAGCCGAAAGAACAGAGUUGGAUGCUCAUUUUGAGAACUUGCUUCAAAGAGCCGAUAAAACUGAAGAUCACACCAGAAAAAUCUUGGGAUCGAUUGAAAGUUAUCUUCAACCCAAUCCUACUCUUCGUAUGGAGGAAGUUUUCUAUGAGAAACUGGAGUUGAAAAAAGAUGGAGGCGGAAGACUCAAUAAUUUGGAGCAUUUAGCUCAAGCCAUGAGUGAAGCUGGAGAAGAGUUCGGAUGUACUACCCCAUAUGGUAGUGCUCUAAUUAAAGUUGCACAAACGGAACAAAAGUUGGGAACUGUUGAUCGGGAGUUCGUGAACCAAUGUGCUACUCAAACUCUUCUUCCAAUCAGACGAUUUUUAGAAGGAGAUAUGAAAACUAUCCAAAAAGAACGGAAAAUUCUCAACAGCAAACGUCUCGACUUGGAUGCUUGCAAAAGUAGAUUGAGAAAAGCCAAGACAGCGGAGAAUCAGACAAGCUCAAACAGUAAAACAGGCGGAGGUUUUACCGUUGAACAGGCUGAAGCAGAUUUGCGAGUUGCUCAAGCUGAAUUUGACAAGCAAGCCGAAAUCACAAAAUUGCUUCUGGAAGGAAUUCAAACGGCUCAUAAUAAUCAACUGAAAUGUCUCCGUGAUUUCGUAGAAGCUCAAAUGUCUUUCCAUGCCCAAUGUCAUCAAAUGAUGUCGGAUCUUCAAAGAGACCUGAGCGGUGAUUUGUCAAAUACAGUCUCGUAG